AUACAACGAAUCACCUUCACUCAAAUCAAACAACAACGUGGACUACUAUCAAACCGAAGACAACCCACAGUAUCAACAGCAGCAGCUACGGCGACCCAUGUGGAACCGUCCAACCACGUACGACAUCCUUCCUGCGGCCAGCAAUCCCAUGACCCAGAGCACAGGAACGUUGAAGGCAAUACAUCAUUCAGCUCAGCAACAACAGCACCCGCAAUCAUCGAGCGCAGAAAACCUUCCUCAUUCGUCCAACCAGCUGCUGGCCUCCGAUGGAGACCUUUGCGAGGAUCGCUACGAUGACAUCGUCCAUUACAAGAUGGCGUCGAUGAACAUCAACAGCACAAACUAUGUCUCGGCUGCCGGUGGAGGAGCGGGAAUAGCCGGUGGCGGGAUCACUGGAGGGUCCAACGACCAGAUCCAUCAGAUUAUCUUCAAUGUGCGGCUGGAACCGAAUGGGGGACCGCUGGGAAUCACGCUAGCCGGCAGCGAUGAUCUACAGAAACCGAUCAAGAUCAGUGCAUUGACGGAGGGCGGCAUUGCGUUCAACACCGGCCAGUUGAAGGUGGGCGAUUGUUUGUUGGCCAUCAAUGGCGAAAGUAUUUGCGGAGUUCCGUUGACCACGGCGACCAAGCUGCUGCACAAGUUCGAGAACGUUGUUGACUUGCAGAUAUCGCGAACGGAGUGCGUUGGAGGAUCGCGGAAUCACGGUUUGGGCAUCGGAGAGCCGCAACCACAGGCCGUCUAUGCCAAAGUUCAGCGCAGACCACGAAGUCCCUCGAUUACGGAUGCAGUGUCGACGAACUCAAACUCCAGCUCAGCCAGCAACUGCCGGACGUUGCACGUGACGCUGUUCAAGGAUCGGGUUUAUGACGACUACGGUUUCUCCGUUUCGGAUGGUCUGUACGAGCGGGGUGUUUACAUUAACAGGAUUCGUAGUGGUGGACCAGCCGAUCUGGUUGGGAUGCUGAGGCCUUUCGACAGGAUUGUGCAGGUGAAUGGAACCAAAACGCAGGACUUUGACUGUUGUCUGACCGUACCUCUGAUCGCAGCCGCCGGUGACAAGAUCGAUUUGGUAAUACAGCGGCCACUGACGGUGGAAUAGCCUCCGUGGUGGAGGCGUUUGCCCUUCGGUAAAUCCUAAUCAAAUAAGUGCCAUUUCCAGAACGAAACACGCAGAGCAAAAGCAAAGGUGCCAAUUCGAAAUCGAAUCCCAAAGAGUAGUUUACACAUAAGCAUUUGAAAUCAUUCUUACUCGAAGGUUUUCUCCCUGUUUCCUACUUCCCUUCCAUUCAUUAUUCACCGCACGCCCUUAUCGUAUUUAUUAUCUAUACAAUCACUUGCAGUUAGAACUGUCUUAAAGUUAGAUAACGCAAAACUUUUACACAAUACUCGUUAGGACAAUAAACCAAAGUUAGUGCCAGGUUUUUCUCGCAGAUUUUUCGAGUUCAUUAGAGUUUUUCAACCGACAAGUUCUAUUAGGGUUAUUGAAAUACAAGUCAAUUUUUACAACUGAAA